AUGGAGCAUCCACUGGACGAUUCAGGUCAGACGCUGGAUGAUGACAUCGCCGAUCCAUCCCUUUGGCAUUGGGCCAACAUGACAGCAGACGAGACUUGUGGAGCUGUUUGCCGAAUCAACACUGGAAUACGCAAUCGUGGGAGCUGGUGGGAGGCAGUGGAACAAGCUACAGAUCAAGUGUGUUGGGGUUGCGACUUGGAGCCAUGGCCAAACGAAAGAGCAUACGGCCAUGAGAUAUGGACAGUUUUGCACGACGGUCUUCCCAUCCGGCGCGUGGCAGCCUACACCAAUCUCUGGAGUGUUCCUUGUCCAAGGGGCAUUCAGCAUCGACAUCGUGGAACUCGAUGUCUGAUUGGCCAUUUUGUGUAUGGCAUUAUGUGCUUCUUCAAGUUCAUGGGGGAGGGACGGGAGAACGUUGCCCUAACCAGUCUGGAAAGUGUUAUGGACCUGGCCUUCAUUGUUCACCACGCACCAUGUCGUAGCCAGUGGGCCUUUCCGGUGGAGGAGGUUGCAGAAAAUUACGAGCGAAUAUUGACAGACGUGUGGCACCGACACUUGCCUGUGCCAGAUCGCUGGCUGCGGGCUUCCAGUCCACUGCGAUGCUGGCGGCGAAGGGCUCCUGAGCCACAAGAGGCAAGCGCCCGAAAUCUCGAGUCCCCUCGGAUCCAGUGUCUGGUGCUCACGAUGUAUCCGCGAGAGCUUGAGAGAAUGGCUAUGAUAGUGGAGACCUAUGCCAAGUACUGUGACUCUUUACAAUUCGUCAUUGCCGGAAGUGGCCCCUCGUUUUUCAGAGGAUACCAGAUUGUCAACUUGAGGCAGUUUUUCGACAUCGCGGCUGAUCCACAGCCGACGGAAAGCUUCAGGGAACCCAACACGAUUGAAAAGACCUUUAUGGCGCUGAACUUUGCAGGGCUGCACCUUCGGCAGCUCCCAGAAGAAAGGAAGCCACAUGUCAUCUGCCGCCUGGACUCGGACACACUCUUCCUUCCUCCAAAUCUCCGACGCAUUCUCGCUUGCCGAAACUUUUCCUCUGCAGACCCGUGGGCCAUUGGUUUCGACAACUAUGCGCACAAACAUCAACAGCCAGGUCGUGUUUUUCUUAAUGGCGGAACAGGAGUAUGCUUGUCAAGAGCGGCUUUAGAAGUCCUUUCCAAAGAAAUUUCUGCGGGCAAGCUGAUGCGCAGUUCCUCUCCUGGAGACUGGAACACGGGACAUUGUGUUACUGCGCCGGGGCACUGGGACGAUGUUGUGCUGGGGGCCUGCUUGGCACAGUUGGGGGUGUCGUUCUCGCGCUGGGGUACAGACUGUGAAGGCCGAAGUCUCUUCUGGCCUGAUGGUUUGCAGUAUGCCUUUCCUGGUCCGGGGCAGAUUCGUCCUCGGAGGCUUCCUCCGAAGGGCUCAUUCUUCCAGCCACCAAGCAGUGAAGGGAAGAGAUUGCCUGGGACGGACCGCCAGCCAGAAGUCUCGAACUACCACUUCUGGCUCUACAGGGUGUGGCAGCAUCUAGCAUGCUCACCACCCAUCUGGUUGGGCGAUUUCCCAGUCAGCUUUCACCCUUACCGCAACCGGACGCUCGGCAGGAGGCACUUUGCGUACUUCCAAAGAAAGGUGCAGCUCCAGGUGGAGCGAUUCAAAGACCUCUUGAAACGUUUCCCCGAGCGCAUCAUCAUGAGAGCUGUAUGGGGCAUGAUGAAGAAAACGAAGGCCAACAGGCGAAUCUUCAAGGAGCGGCUCAAGCUCUUCGCCGGGCCUAACCACCUCUACUACAACAAGGAUCCGGUGGAGUAUCCGAUGCACAAAAUCAAGGACUGCACGCACACCUCCAACCUGCGGUACCGCGACCGACAGUUGAUCUAUCAGAAGAACCUAAAGCCGAGGGAAGAAGUGGUGCAGGCAUACGCGCAAAAGCGGAAAGAUGCGGCCACGCUGAAGAAAUACCGCGCGUUCUUGAAGAAACAGUUGUUGACACUUGGUCCAGAGGCUGUUGAGGACAUGAGCAUGGAAGACUUUGUCGAGGAAGCAACGAAGCGACAGGUCCGUGACGUCUUCACAAAGACCGAGGGUGAUGAACUGCCGAAGGAGAAGAAGGAAAAGUUGUUUUACGAAACUUGGCUUCCAAAGAAGAAGUACUCUGCCAACAAGAAUCGGCGAAAGGGAGUCAAUCACUUUGCUCCUGAUCUUAUCUGGAAACAGCCGAAAGAGGAGGAUGGAAAGUGA